GCGUCGGGCAAGCUGGCUGAGAGCGAUCCCCUUCCAAGCUCGAGAGCGGAUUUCCAGCGAGAACCAUGCAGGCCAGCGACAGGUUUAACAUUAAUUCUCAGCUUGAGCAUCUUCAGGCUAAGUAUGUUGGUACAGGGCAUGCUGACUUGAAUAGAUUUGAAUGGGCAGUAAACAUCCAACGUGAUAGUUAUGCAUCAUAUAUUGGCCACUACCCCCUCUUGGCAUAUUUCGCCAUUGCUGAAAAUGAAUCCAUUGGAAGAGAACGCUACAAUUUUAUGCAGAAAAUGCUGUUGCCUUGUGGGCUUCCUCCCGAGAGAGAAGAGGAUUGAAGUAUUUUCGAAGCAAGCACUGCAGCAAAUACUCUUCCAUCGUAUAUUAGCUUUGUUUGAAAGAGGAGGAGAAAGCAUUAUUAUUGCAUCUAUAUCGAACAUGAUGACAAUGUCUUUUUAGUGGACUCUUGGGUUUACAUGAGGGAUGUGGACUUCAGAUAGUCUGUACUCGUUUAGGUGGCACUUUGUUUUGCUUCUGUUAGGAUUUCUGGUGAACCUGUUUCAGUGAGAUGGUUAAGUUUGCUUGGUUUUAAAUGCUAUAAACGUUAGGUCUUGAUUGUGUACGCAGCAUGGCGUUUUUAUUUAAGCAGGUAAGCCAUUGAGAACAAUUUUUAACAGUUUUUUGUGUGAUGGUUGAGGAAGAACUCUGUGCUCUGCUCGGCUCCUUGAAAAUAUUGUCAAGCAAUACUUGCUGGACGUAGGUACUAUGCAUUGCUCCA